UCGCUUCUCACCGCGCUCGCGUACGGCCGUGGUGUUUUGGCCCGCGGGCGGAGCCGUAGCCACGGUCUCCUCCCGCGUCUGCGACCGGGAAACUCGGUGUCCAGCAUCCCCAGCGGAGGUCGACGAUGUCGGAGAAGGAAGCUAGGCCGAGCGGAGGCUCCCCGCAGGCCGGCGGGGUGACUAUCAGCGACGUCCAGGAGCUGAUACGGCGCAAGGAGGAGAUCGAAGCGCAGAUUAAGGCCAAUUAUGAUGUCCUGGAGAGCCAAAAAGAUGUUGGGAUGAACGAACCGCUGGUGGACUGCGAGGGCUACCCCCGCUCCGAUGUGGACCUGUAUCAAGUCCGAACCGCCAGGCACAACAUCGUCUGCUUGCAGAACGAUCACAAGGCAGUGAUGAAGCAGGUGGAGGAUGCCCUACACCAGCUGCAUGCUCGCGACAAGGAGAAGCAGGCCCGGGACAUGGCCGAGGCCCAAGAAGAGGCCGUGAGCCGCACCCUGGGCCAGAGUGAGGGCCUCAGCCCACCUCAGGCCUUUGCCAAAGUGAACAGCAUCAGCCCUGGCUCCCCCGCCAGCCUUGCGGGUCUGCAAGUGGAUGACGAGAUUGUGGAGUUUGGCUCCGUAAACACCCAGAACUUCCAGUCGCUGCAAAACAUUGGCAGCGUGGUGCAGCACAGCGAGGGGAAGCCCCUGAAUGUGAUAGUGACCCGCAGAGGGGAGAAACACCAGCUUCGACUUGUCCCAACACGCUGGGCGGGAAAAGGACUGCUGGGCUGCAACAUAAUUCCUUUGCAAAGAUGAUUGUCCCUGGGGAACAGUAACAGGAGAGCCUCUUCCGUUGCCUUAGACUUGGGUCUAGUGGGGUUUUCUCCUCCUCUCCCUGAAGCUGAAGGACCUGGAAGAGGCUGGAAGCUGAACUUCCAGAUGGUGGAAACGCUGUGGCCUCCCAGUGUAAUCUCUCGGGAUUUAAGGCACCGUUAAAAACUUGAUCUGUGUUUAGCAUCUUUUGCAAAUUAGGCCAUGGCCUUAUAUGGGAAUUCUUUGAUUGUGGGCAAGUGGGCAGGUGCUGUUGUGACUUUAUUCUUUUAGGAAUUUUUUUCCCCAAAUAACACAGGUUUAUAAUGCUGAUAGGAUCAUGUUAUCACCCCAACUGAAUUUCAUAUGAACCUCUCAGACCAAAGCUUAGACAGGAAGUAGAACAUCCUUAUAGAAAGUUGGGAAGAAUAAACCAACAAUUGUGCCAAAGUCAAUUUUGACCCAACAGCAUUUCAGGAACAUCAUCCUUUCGUGAAUGAGGUUUCCAGACACUCUGGCUGCCCCAUCAUCAUUUGCUCUGCAACUCUGCUGCUCUGGAUACAGAAAUUGCAAUCUCAGCAGUUAGUCCUCCAGGGCCAGAAUGAUGCCCUUUAGAAACAGGGAAACCAGGAGGCUCCCCAGGCAGCCCAGCGAGGUGUCAGCUUUCUCUCCAUAACCCGCCAGAAGGCAGCAAGCUCCCUUCACUUCUAGAAUUAAAAAGUCUACAAAUUAGCUUCUCAUUUGACUUUUUUUGUAAUUGAACCUCCUUGUCAGGCCCUCAAAUCAGCACUAUUUUGUAAAGUUUGUGCAGACCACUCUUCUUUCACAGAUCUGGCACAUUCUGUGGAAGUGUGCCUUGCUGUGUUCCUCCGGACUGGCUUUGCUUGGGUUGACUACACAUACUAGCUUGUCCUGAAGAGUCGGUAUUGGGGUGCACUUCCAGCCAUGGCUUCUCAUGCUCAUCUGGAAAGCCUUUCUGUUGAGUGUCUUCCCCAGACUGUCAUAUAUCCACAUGUAUGCCCCCCUUGUAGCCACAGCCAUGUUGUGUUUUCCAGUGUUUGCUGUUUAAAUUGUGUUCUAAUUCCAAGUGUUUUCCGAUCUCUUUUUAUAAGACCUAGAUUGUAAUAAACACAGCUUGUCCCAUUCA